GCGCUUUUGCUGGUGAUUAUUGUGUACAAAAAUUGUGAGAGUUCGAGUAAAAAUGGACAAGUUGAAGAAAGUAUUACGAGGAGAAGAAGAGGAGCAAGAUGAACAAAGCAUAAUAACAGACGUAUACAAUGCAUCUUCAUUAAGCUGGUCAACACGUAUUAAGGGAUUCAUUGCCUGUUUUGUCAUAGGCUGUGCACUCUCCAUAUUGGGUUCCUUCCUUCUCUUCAUUCCUUCAAGUCACAAUCUUCGUUCAUUUGCCAUUCUUUAUUGCUUCGGCACUGUAAUAGCUCUCUCUGGGACCCUGUUUCUAAUGGGACCCAUUAACCAGCUCAAGAAUAUGUUCAAGGAGAAGAGGAUCAUAGCAACUUUGAUAAUGCUCCUAAUGAUUGCAUUGACACUCAUGGCUGCAUGUUGGUGGCAAAUCACCAUUCUGGCAAUCCUCUUCUGCUUUUUACAAUUUCUUGCAUCAUUAUGGUAUUCCAUAUCAUACAUCCCAUAUGCAAGAGAUGCGGUGAAGAAAUGCUGUGAGGGAUGCUUUGCGUAGGUCCAACACAAUCGGUAUGAGCCACACAUGUCAGGAACCUGCAAUAUGUUUUUUCUCCUGCUUUCAUCUUUAUAAAGAGUAUGUUUUCUGCAUUUUUUUUCUUCUAUCACACCACAAAUGCAAGAUUAAAAAAGGGCAUGAAAAGGAUGUCCAAGGUGAAUGAGAGGGCCAUCCAAAGCCGUGGCCUUAGAGGGCCUUGGAUUAAUAUUUGCCCAGGGGGCCGUUUCAUAAACCUGUUCGUAAGUUGAGAGUGACUUUAAGAAAGACUGGUGAUCCUUUC